AUGAGCAGAGUGUACAUUGCUGGCCCCGCGGUGUUCAACGAAGACAUGGGUGGGACCUAUUACGACCGUGUGCGCACGGCUCUGGGGAUGCAUGGCGUUGUGCCGCUCAUUCCCGUUGACAACAUGGUUUCAGGGGCUGGGGAGAUACGGGCGAAGAACUUGGAGAUGAUAAGGCACUGCGACGCCGUCAUUGCGGACCUGUCGCCGUUUCGCUCGCAUGAGCCGGACUGCGGGACUGCGUUUGAAGUGGGCUAUGCUGCCGCCCUGGGAAAGACGGUGCUGACGUUCACUUCCGACCGGCGUUCCAUGAGGGAGAAGUACGGCGGUGCGUUUGACGCGUCCGGGAGGACUGUGGAGGACUUUGGCCUUCCCUUCAACCUGAUGCUUUGCGACGGGACGGAGGUGUUCGACUCCUUCGACGCUGCCUUUCACCACUUCCUGAGGCAACGCUCAGAAUGGCGGGGAUGCGACUGUAGCGGAGGUGUGCGAAGUUAG